AUGGCCUCGCCCGACCAUAUCACCGCUCUCUCGAAAGUGGUGCUGAAUAACCUGGAAUACCAGCACGACUGGACGCAAGUCAAAACCCACGAGCAGCCCAACCUCCCGCGACCACUCAUCUACGGACUCCCGCCCAAGCGGCUCUACGUGCAUCCAGAUGAGCAGGUCGACGUCAUCAAGGCUGAAAAGGAACGAGGGAAGCCCAUCCAACAGGAACCUGAGGUCGAGUGGGUGUUGCCGCUGCAUCUGUCGGAGAAAUGGUCGCCUGCUCAGUUCGCGGCCCUGUUUGAUGCCAUCGAGGCUGUCCCGCCUGGAGUCGCACGCGAGGAGGCGCUCCAUCUCGACGGCACCGAUGCGCGGUGGAGGCUUUGGAGAGGGCCGAAGCGUGGGAAGCGCAUCUUGCUCGCUACAGUCCAGGAUGACUCGACCGUCACGUACUAUUGGAUACAUGAUGGACUUGUGAAGCCCAGGCAGAACUGA